AAUAGAAAGUGAAAGCAGAAAUAAAUGCCCCUCCCUUCACAUCUGCAACAGCGUGGAUUAAGAUUAAAUUCAUUUAUUGAAAAUAUUGUUCAGGUCCUGUGUGACAUAAUUGGUGCCAAUGCAGUUAUGAAGAACUGUGAGAUUAGCCUGGAUAUGUACCUGUCUUCUAGAGGAUAGACUUCAUGUUCCAUUCUUCUGCAAUGGUUAAUUCACACAGAAAACCAAUGUUUAAUAUUCACAUAGGAUUGUACUGCUUAGCAGUCAUCUUGCCCAGAAUAUGUAUUUGUUCUCAGUUCUCAAAACCAUCAAGUUAUCAGUUCAGUAAGAAUUCUGGGGGUUUCCCAGUAGCCACCAAUGGGGAACCAUUUCCUUGGCAGGAGCUAAGGCUCCCCAACAUGGUCAUUCCCCUCCACUACGACCUCUUUGUCCACCCAAAUCUCACCUCUCUGGACUUUGUUGCAUCUGAGAAGAUUGAGGUCUUGGUCAGAGAUGCCACCCAAUUUGUCGUCUUGCACAGCAAAGAUCUUGAAAUCAUGAAUGCCACCCUCCAGUCAGAGGAAGAUUCGAGAUACAUGAAACCAGGAAAAAAGCUGAAUGUUUUGAGUUAUCCUGCUCAUCAACAAAUUGCACUGCUGGUUCCAGAGAAACUCAUGUCUGAUCUGAAAUACUAUGUGACUAUUGACUUCCAGGCCAAGUUAGCAGAUGGCUUUGAAGGGUUUUACAAAAGUACAUACAGAACUCUGGGUGGUGAAACAAGAAUAAUUGCUGUAACGGAUUUUGAACCAACCCAGGCACGUGUGGCUUUCCCUUGCUUUGAUGAGCCAUUGUUCAAAGCCAACUUUUCAAUCAAGAUUAGGAGAGAGAGCAGGCACAUCGCACUAUCCAACAUGCCAAAGGUUAAGACUAUUGAACUUGAAGGAGGCCUCUUGGAAGAUCACUUUGAAACUACUGUCAAAAUGAGUACAUACCUUGUAGCCUACAUAGUUUGUGAUUUCACCCCUGUGAGUGGCACAACCUCAUCAGGGGUCAAGGUGUCCGUCUAUGCAUCCCCAGACAAAUGGAGUCAAACACAUUAUGCUCUGGAGGCAUCACUGAAAUUGCUUGAUUUUUAUGAGAAGUACUUUGAUAUCAACUAUCCACUCCCCAAACUGGACCUAAUUGCUAUUCCUGACUUUGGGCCUGGAGCCAUGGAGAAUUGGGGCCUCAUUACAUAUAGAGAGACGUCACUGCUUUUUGAUCCCAAGGCCUCUUCUGCUUCCGAUAAACUAUGGGUCACCAGAGUCAUAGCCCAUGAACUAGCACAUCAGUGGUUUGGCAACCUGGUUACGAUGGAAUGGUGGAACGAUAUUUGGCUCAAUGAGGGUUUUGCAAAUUACAUGGAACUUAUCUCUGUGAAUGCUACGUAUCCAGAGCUGCAAUUUGAUGAUGAUUUUUUGAAUGUGUGUUUUGAAGUAAUUACAAGAGAUUCGUUGAAUUCAUCUCGCCCUAUCUCUAAGCCAGCAGAAACUCCUACUCAAAUACAGGAAAUGUUUGAUGCGGUUUCCUACAACAAGGGAGCUUGUAUUUUGAAUAUGCUCAAGGAUUUUCUGAGUGAGGAGAAAUUCCAGAGAGGUCUAAUUAGCUACUUAAAGAAGUUCAGCUAUAGAAAUGCGAAGAAUGAUGAUCUGUGGGGCAGUCUGUCAAGUAGUUGUGUAGAAGGUGAUUUUAUGUCUGGAGGAGUUUGUUAUUCUGAUUCCAAGAUGACAAGUAACAUGCUCACAUUUCUAGGGGAAAAUGUGGAGGUCAAAGAGAUGAUGACUACGUGGACUCUCCAGAAAGGAAUCCCCCUCGUGGUGGUUAAACAAGACGGGCGUUCACUCAGACUACAACAGGAGCGCUUCCUGAAGGGGGUUUUCAAAGAGGACCCUGAAUGGAGGUCCCUGCAGGAAAGGUACCUGUGGCAUAUCCCACUGACCUACUACACGAGUUCCUCUAAUGUGAUUCACAGACACAUUCUAAGAUCAAAAACAGAUACUCUGGAUUUACCUGAAGAGACCAGUUGGGUAAAAUUUAAUGUAGACUCAAACGGCUAUUACAUCGUUCAUUAUGAAGGGCAAGGAUGGGACCGACUCAUUGCUCAGAUGAAUCAGAACCACACACUUCUCAGACCUAAGGACAGAAUAGGUCUCAUUCAUGAUGCGUUUCAGCUGGUUAGUGCAGGAAGGCUGACCCUGGACAAAGCCCUCGACAUGACGCGCUAUCUCCAACACGAAACAAGCCGCCCUGCACUUCUCAAAGGUCUGAGAUACUUAGAGUUGUUUUACCACAUGAUGGACAGAAGGAAUAUUUCAGAUGUCUCUGAAAACCUCAAGCGUUACCUUCUCCAGUAUUUUAAGCCAGUGAUUGACGCGCAAAGCUGGAGUGACAAGGGCUCGAUCUGGGACAGGAUGCUCCGUUCUGCCCUCUUGAAGCUGGCCUGUGAUCUGAACCAUGAUCCCUGCAUCCGGAAGGCAGCUGAACUCUUCUCUCAGUGGAUAGAAUCGAAUGGAAAAUUAAAUAUUCCAACAGAUGUUUUAAAGAUUGUGUAUUCUGUGGGUGCUCAGACAAUAGCAGGAUGGAAUUACCUUUUAGAGCAAUAUGAACUGUCAAUGUCAGGGGCUGAAAAAUACAAAAUUCUAUAUGGAUUGUCAACGAGCAAACAUCAGGAAAAGUUAGUGAAAUUAAUUGAGCUAGGAAUGGAAGGAAAGGUUAUCAAGACACAGGACUUGGCAGCUCUCCUUCAAGCGAUUGCCAGGAAUCCAAAGGGACAGCAAUUAGUCUGGAAUUUUGUAAGAGAAAAUUGGACCCAUCUCCUAAAAAAAUUUGGCUUGGGCUCAAUUGCCAUGAGAACAAUCAUCUCUGGCACAACAUCUCACUUUUCUUCCAAGGAUGAGUUGCAAGAGGUGAAACUAUUUUUUGAAUAUCUUAAGUCCCAAGGAUUACAUCUGGAUAUUUUUCAAAUUGUUCUGGAAACCAUAGCCAAAAAUAUUAAAUGGCUAGAGAAGAAUCUUUCCAGUCUGAGGACUUGGCUACUGGUUAGUGUUUAAAUGUCAGUAGAAAGAG